AUGCUGCCCAAGCGCGCCGCGCGCCUCUCCCGCUUCCACCACGCCGUCCGCAUCGCCUGGGACCUGCCCGCCCGCGACGGCUCCGGCCGCCGCACCGUCAUGUACGAGUCCACCAGCGUCUCGACCUUUUGCGAAGACCCCGACGCCGUCGAGGUCCGCGUCGCAGAGUUCAACGUCGUCGAGCUCGUCCCUGUCGUCGCCGACCCCGCCACCGGCCGCACGGAGCUCAGGGCCCUCCAGCUGCGCGCUUUCUUGGACGGCGCGCCCGUCACGUCAAGAGCGCAGAUGAUUGCAAAGGAGUGA